AUGGAUUUGAACACAGCAUUUCCAGACUGUAGAGCAGGCGCGGUGCAUGGGAGGACGGCAGUCGUCCGUGGCCGAGGACCGGCCACGAUCCAAUUCCGUCGAUGCCAGCACUGGAACGCAGGGUGGACAUGACGAUAGCAGAAAUCCAAGCAGAUCGGUGAUGACCGCCGCUGAGUUUCUGCAGACUAUACGAAAUGCGCGCAUAGUCGGUUCUUCAUCAGAUUCAAACGGAUCCGAAGAUGAUGCGGGUCCUUCAACGCUCCAUCAGCAUCCGAUGAGGUUGCGUCCUCAUGGCGGUCUAAGCCUCAACCAUGCUCGAAGCGGACGGUUGCGAGGUAACUUUAGCAGACGCUCGAUGCCUGUUUUCAUGAUGGGUGGAGAAGAUAUGACUUGUCCGAUUUGUCACAAAAAUGUUCCGUCAGAUGAAGCGGAUGUCCAUCUCGUAAUGUGCCUUACUAGACCGAAGAUUACAUAUAAUGAUGAUGUUCUCACUGAAGAUAAAGGCGAAUGCUCUAUUUGCCUGGAAGAGAUGUUGACUGGAGAUAUGAUCGCUCGCCUGCCUUGCCUUUGCAUAUACCAUAAACAGUGCAUCGAUGAAUGGUUUAAACGUAAAAAUUGUUGCCCCGAGCAUCCUGGAGAUGACUGAAUAUACUUUAUGUUAGGCGUUGCGUGUUCCAGUUAUUUGCUUGUACUAGCUAUAAUCUGCAACAGUGCUCUUGUCCAGCGAUGCCGAUGCGCCUUCUUUGCAAAUUCUUCUCAAUCAUUUGCAUUCAGAUUAAAACAUAUGUAUGCGGCUCGGCACUACCUAUCUAUCAGCUUUGCUGCCUGUUUGAGUACUGUAUUCUUUUGUGAUAUUUCAGAUAUCAAGAUAUCUAACGCCUCUGUAUGAAAUCGUGUUGCGAUCAUAGGUUUAAGAUUUUUGAAUGGGUACUCUAGCUGUCUUCCGGAUUAAUCCAUUUACAAUAUUCUAUUGUAUGAAGAAUUCGAGAUACUACAAAACUGGUUUGCUAUUAGACCCUUAACUAACUACUUCUUUUUUCUUCUUCUUUGUCGUGUAGUGAUUACAGGGUUAGCGUCUACUGUGUUGAUUUCUCCGAGUGAUGUACAUUUUCUGAUCAUGUAUGAACAUAUUCAUUUGCUUGGUUUUCACAUACUUGACAGGUGAAACAAUGAAG